AUGAGAAAUCAACGUUCGACCUCACCACUAUCAUAUAACUCCUUGAUGAUGACAUCAAGCUCCAGUCAUGGCUCCGAAGUCUCUUUUUCUACCCCUCCUGAUGCAUCUAUUUCUAAUAUUCAUUUACUUCCCGCAUCGAACUCCAUCUCUUCUGCCUCAUCAUCUGCCUCCAUGCCCUCCCUCUCUUUGGAUUCUUCAAACAAAACUCCGAACUUUGGGCCUCACACCAAGCAAAACUGUCAUCAGGACGACACAGUUUUGCGUUCAUCUGCUCAACAAUGGGAUGACGAGACAGUGUCGAUUAGUGGGUUCAGUAAUUCCAGUUUGUCGGAACUGCAUGAGUCAACAUCUAGUUCUAAGCAAGCCAGACUAAGUAAAGAUCAGAUCACCUAUCUCACCCUUGUUUCCCGUAACAAAGAAGAGGUGAGUUUAGAUAGCCUUUUAUUUAGAAUUUUCUUCUGUCUGGAAUACCUGAUUUUGACUUGUUUUACGGGUCCUAACCCCUACGGGCAUUGCUAA